CUCCGAGCCAUUUUUAGAGCACCGCGCAAAAGAUACAUGUUGCUAUUUAAGGCUGGCGCUUAGAUUGAGAGCGUACAUUGCCCUCUUCAAGGGAAAUCAGUCACGGGGGGCGCGGGAUGCGUUGCUGCUUGCCAGUAUUGACAGGGUUCCCAAUUAUUAAAUACCCCCUGCCGGGAUGACUUUUACUUUUAGUAAACCACACCUUGGGAUGGUAAAUCUGACGACCGGGGCAAGAUACUAUGAUUUUGAACGUGGCCAGGACGAAACGAUUCUGGCGGCGACUGCGGCCUCGAGCCAAAGAUCAGGACAAUACACCCAAAUGCCAGCCAAGAAAGGCCUUCCCUGCCGGACUGAAAUUGCUCUGCGGCCCGAAUGAUGGGACGAUUGAUAUCGUCUUUGUCCACGGUCUGACCGGUGAUCGCGAUGCAACAUGGACUGCUCCAGGCGCGGAGGAACCUUGGCCCAAAACCCUCCUCCCUUCAAAGCUUCCGACAGCCCGCAUCUUCACGUUCGGAUAUGAUGCAUAUGUGGCAGACUGGCGAGGUGUAGUAUCGCGGUCUCUCAUUGCCAAUCAUGCAUAUAAUCUGCUAGCAUCUCUUUCAUCCUAUCGAGAGAACGACGCCACGAAUGAACGACCCAUUAUAUUUGUCUGCCAUAGCUUAGGUGGACUAGUCUGCGAGGAUGCCUUGUUCACGUCGAAACAACGACCGGAGCCGCAUCUCCACAACAUCCUUCGGUCCACUCGUGGUAUUAUAUUUCUCGGCACACCACACCAUGGAGCUAGCCUUGCCAAAUGGGCCGAUUUUGUAUGCCGAUCCAUUAGCCUUGUUAAGCAAACGAAUUCCGAGAUCGUCAACGUCCUCAAGCGCGAUUCUGAGGUGCUUGCGCGGAUCCAAGACGGCUUUCACACGAUGGUGCGAAGUGUAGGACCACCACCGAUCGAAGUGACUUGCUUCUAUGAAGAGGUGCCCGUGUUGGGAGUUGGUUUAGUCGUGCCACAAGAUUCGGCCGUUCUGCCGGGCUAUGUCCCCAUUGGGAUUCAUAGCAAUCAUAUGGAUAUGACCAAGUUUGCCAGUAUCGAUGACCCUGGGUUUAUGGCUAUUUGUGGAGAGCUGCGUCGGUGGAGUAAAGACACGGGGGGUGCGAACCAAAGCGGCCAUGGUAGUUCAUCGCGUGCUGCGCAGACCGGACUUGCCCAUCAGUACGGGGCCAAUAGUCAUCAAUACAAUCAGUUCGGCGGGGGCACGCAGAACAUUGUAGGCAGCCACCAGUAUCAGGCGCAAGGGGAUAUGAAUUUCGGCAUGGUGCCGUCUAAAUAGUCUGCAAAGGGCAAGACGGCGUAACAGUCAUUAAGGAGAAUUAUUUGGAAGAGUCAUACUUAGAUAGUCAUACUUAGAUCUUUGAAGAGCAUUAACACUUGGUCGAGGAUGAGGAAUGGCAAUUGUGGGUGGGCUAGGUGGACGAGUACUCCUGGAGCUUCAUCCAAGCACCGGCUGCUAGAGUAGAUCUUACCCCCCCCCUCAUCUCGAACAUCAAUAUAACAUUCGGAGUAACACAAAGCAAAGCACCACAGAUAUUCCCAAGUCACAAGUGAUUGACUGAACGACAGAAUGACAUCUCCGGAAGUCGAACCACAGUUUAAAUACUCUUAAGCACUUUUCUGCGUUUUGUCAUGGUGGUGUCAGGGAAUUAGUUAUGGCGGCUGGUUGAGAGUAGAUCUAACAACCGGUUUGGAUUCGGAGUGGAUGCAGUAUAACUUCCUCGGAGCCCGUGGGCUG